GAGAAAUCGAAACGAAACACUCGGAGGGAGUAGAGUGAGUUUUUGGCGCUUACAGUUUCCAGCUACAAACAUGGUUGAAGAAGAAGCAGCAAUAACAAUGGGAGAAGAAGAAGAAGAAGAAGAAGAAAACGCAUCUAUUCCUAACGAAGAAUACUCUUGGCCCGUUCUUCGCUUCGAUGUCCCUCCUCAUAGAACCUACCAUUUCCAUCACCAGUUCAUUACUCCCACUAACCCUAACAAUUUCCUCAAAGCCGUUAAAUGGUCACCCGAUGGCUCCUCUUUCCUCACCACUUCCGAAGACAACACUCUCCGUCUCUUCGCACUACCGGGCUCUGAUAGUGACAUUCCUCUUAAUACUUCCGACGAUGAAGAUUCUUAUGCUGCGAGUCUAGUCAUGAGUGAAGGAGAGUCUAUACACGAUUUCUGUUGGUAUCCUUACAUGUCUGCUUCAGAUCCGGUGACCAAUGUUUUUGCGACUACUACUCGCGACCAUCCUAUACAUCUAUGGGAUGCUACAUCAGGCCAGUUACGCUGCACAUAUCGGGCAUACGAUGCCAUGGAUGAAAUUACUGCUGCUUUUUCUGUCGCUUUUAAUCCUGCUGGAACUAAGAUAUUUGCUGGAUACAACAAAUGUAUUAGGAUGUUUGAUUUACAUCGCCCUGGUAGAGAUUUUAAAUUGCAUUCAACAGUAAAAGAUAAAAAAGAAGGCCAAACAGGUAUUAUAUCAGCAUUGGCCUUUUCUCCAUCUCAUAAUGGGAUGCUAGCUUUGGGUUCUUAUAGCCAAACUACUGCUAUUUAUACGGAAGAUAACAUGGAGCUUUUGUAUGUUUUGCAUGGUCAAGAAGGCGGAGUUACACAUGUCCAAUUUUCAAGAGAUGGUAAUUAUUUAUAUACUGGAGGUCGGAAGGACCCUUAUAUACUCUGCUGGGAUGUGCGCAAAGCUGUUGAUUGUGUCUACAAGUUAUACAGAUCUGCGGAAAACACCAAUCAGCGGAUACUGUUUGAUAUCGACCCUUCUGGACGGCAUCUUGGUACAGGCGGCCAGGAUGGUUCAGUGCAUAUAUACGAUCUUCAAACUGGGCAGUGGGUGUCAAGUUUUGAGGCUGCACAAGACACGGUUAACGGCUUCUCUUUCCAUCCAUUUCUGCCCCAUGCUGUGUCGUCCUCAGGCCAUCGUAGAUUUGUAAUUCCAGAAGAAGAUAGUGACGAAGAUUUGUCAUUGAGUGGUGGUGAAAACUGUGUAUCAGUUUGGAGUUUCUGUUAUGAUUCAAAGAUGGAAGACUUCAAGGACGAUGGCAGUUUCAAUGAUCAGUCUGGAAGUGGAUCCUUGGACUAAAUUUCCUUAAUGUUUUUGGGGGUCGCCUUGUACCAGUCCUGGAAAAGCAAUGUUUUUGAAAUGUAGCCAAUGAUCAAACCGGAUCAUUGUUCAUUAUUUGACAAUAAGUUGAUCUAAGUUUUGCAUAUAUAAUUUAUACUUUUAAAUUGCUAACCAAGUGGAGAAGUUCAGCUAGCAAUUUUAUUGGGUGAUAUUUGCCACGGCUCUUUAAAUCUUAAUAUAUUAUUUAUACUUUAUUCAAUGAUAUCAUUUCCAAAA